UUUUCUGAAAGAGAAAGAGGGCAGAGAAUGAAGGGAGAAUUGGAGUUGCCACCGGGUUUCAGAUUCCAUCCUACAGAUGAUGAGUUGGUGAAUCACUAUUUGUGUAGGAAAUGUGCAUCUCAGCCUAUUGCUGUCCCCAUUAUUGCUGAGAUCGAUCUCUACAAGUUUGAUCCAUGGCAGCUUCCAGAUAUGGCUUUGUACGGUGAAAAAGAGUGGUAUUUCUUCUCACCAAGGGACAGAAAAUACCCAAACGGGAGUCGGCCGAAUCGGGCGGCCGGAACGGGAUACUGGAAGGCAACCGGAGCGGACAAGCCCAUCGGGAAGCCCAAAACAUUGGGGAUAAAAAAGGCACUCGUUUUCUACUCCGGCAAAGCCCCACACGGUGUCAAAACCAAUUGGAUCAUGCACGAAUACCGCCUCGCCAAUGUUGAUAGGUCCGCCGGCAAAAAGAGCAACAACUUGAGGCUUGAUGAUUGGGUACUAUGUCGAAUAUACAACAAGAAAGGAAGCAUUGAGAAGCAUUCCCCAAGUGAACAAAAAUGGUCGAGUUACCCAGAAAUGGAAGAUCAGAAACCGAACAUCUUAAUGCAGGGUCAAAACAUGACAGCACUAUCCCAGCAACAACAACAGCAACAACCGUCAUCGAUGUCGAUGAUGAACGGCAAUCUCAUACAAACGGAUGAUUCGGUCCCGAGGUUGCAUACGGAUUCGAGUUCGUCGGGGCAGGUGCUGUCACCUGAAGUAUCGUGGGAGAAAGAGGUACAGAGUCAACCAAAGUGGAAGGAGCUUCAGCUAAGCAACAAUGGCAUUGAUUUCGGGUUCAAUUACAUGGAUGGUGGGUUCCAAGAUGACCCGUUUGCGAGUCAAGUCCAGUACCAGAUGGAACAGUUGUCACCUUUGCAGGACAUGUUCAUGUAUCUUCAGAAGCCAUUUUGAACACAAUUUUAUUAGAAUUUGAAUGUUAUACAUACAGAUUUUGGGAU